AGUGUUGCUGUAUCCGUUGUUGCCGUGGGACUGCAGGCGAGUCAGAAAAUCAAUUAAGUUAUGAAAAAUACCAUUAAUUGCCUUUCUUUGUCACCGCAGCCCAUGAAGAAAUGGCGGAUAUACAGAUGUCGGGUGCAUGAGGAAAAAUACACUGCGCAGUUUACCGCCGACAAAAAGCUUUUCCCUCGACUGGAAUAUUUACGGUAUCUAGAUGAGAAUGAGCUGAUGGUUGUGGAAGUCUGGAAGAAGACGCUGGACAGAGGGGAGAGGCUGACCGGAAGAUGCCCAGAAAGAAACAGCAGAAUCCACAGCCAGUCAAGUUGGAUUCUGAAGAUGGUGUAGCCGUUGAAGCUCCUGGAACCCUUCCCUUAGACACAGACUUUCUUCUCGGACAAGACCUUGUGUUUGGUGUUGCGGAUCAUGACCAAAUUCUAGGCCUGGAAAAGUUUUCAGAGGUAGCUGCUGAGAUUGGUUUCUCUGUGUGUCCUCUGGGUGAUGAGGAGAGUUCUUCCUACAGCCAGCUCAGCAUGGAAAGCGAAGCGGACAACUCGCGCAGCACCGGCGACCACCAGAGGCAGAGCGAGAGCAGAGGGACGCAGUCCGAGCAGAGCUUCCCCCCCUACCUGUCCUGCCGGGGCUGCGGACAGCUCCGCGACGAACCUCUUGGACCCGGCAUGGACCUGGUCGGCCCGUACUGCCUUAGGUGUUGCAAAGCCUCCAGGGAGGCCAAAAGUACAGACUUCUGCUCUCCCUUUGGCGGCAGCAGUGGCGUUCGCUCCGGCUUACAGAGCCGCGGCGAGUCCCAGCCCGACGGCGAGGGGUUGGGAGACGGGGUGGAGGACAAGGACGAGCUGUCCGCCGAGGACAAACUGCUCAAGCAGCACUCGUGUCACCUCUGUGGCUUCUCCUCGCGCUACGCCAACCACGUGAAGCGCCACAUGAAGACGCACAAUGGGGAGAAGCCCUUCAACUGCCCCCUGUGCACUUACGCCUCGGCCCAGCUGGUGAACCUGCAGAGACACCUGCGCAUCCACACCGGGGAGAAACCCUACAAGUGUGACACGUGCUCUUUCGCCUGCAGUUCCCUCGGAAACCUCAAGAGGCACCAGCGCAUGCACGUGCCUAACGCGGCCCAGGCGCCCUCUGCGGGGGUGGGACAGGACGCCCCGCCACAACCCGCCUGUGGCCAGAACAGCCUGAAGAGGCCUGUGAGCGAGCAGAGAGCUGAGGAGGAGGGGACUGCUGCUUCAGUCUCUGAGGUCGCAAGGCCGACGUCUAACCUGAGUCUGGGGGCCCAGAACAGCGACUACCUUGCGGUCUUUGACAACUUGAAGGGCGCGUCGCCGCCCCCCAUACCUGCCUCCAAUCCGGCUCCUGGCCACCAACAUCCACCUCUGUUGGAGAUGGCAGGCGGCAGCAGCAGGAGCGGCAGCAGCAGCAGCAGCAGGACUUCUCGUGGGGUCGUAGCAGAAGGCGCCGCGCUCCCAUCUUCGCUUUUCCCUUUCACCUGCCGGUUAUGCGGGAUCGUCCUGGAGGACGAGGACGGCUCCUCCGCCCAGAUCUGUGCCAAGUGCACCCUGGAGAUGCUGACUAAAGAGUCGUCGUCCUCCCCGAACAGCCCCGGCGAGCGCAGCGACAAGGUGUACACCUGCGCCGCCUGCCCCUUCCUCACCCAUUACCCCAACCACCUGGCCCGGCACAUGAAGACUCACAGCGGCGAGAAGCCGUACAAGUGCCCCCAGUGCGACUACGCCUCGGCGCACUUCGACAACCUCAAGCGCCACCACCGGGUGCACACGGGCGAGAAGCCCUACAAGUGCCACCUGUGCGACUACGCGUGCGGGAACCUGGCCAACCUCAAGCGGCACCAGCGCGUGCACUCGGGCGCCAAGCCCUUCCAGUGCCCCAUGUGCAGCUACAGCUGCAACCAGAGCAUGAACCUGAAGCGGCACAUGCUGCGGCACACCGGCGAGAAGCCGUACAAGUGUCAGGAGUGCGGCUACACCACCGGCCACUGGGACAACUACAAGAGACACCAGAAGAAGCACGGCGUGGCCACGGACGGCUGGGUGAAGGUGCCCAUGAUCGGCACCGACGGCGAGGACGACAGGAAGGCGAUGGGAGGCGGCAUGCAGACGCUCAGAAAGGAAGCUGGGGCCGACAUGCAGUUCAUGGCGAGGGAGGGCGGCUCUGGCUGCACGCUCAAGCUGCAAACUUAAGCUUGUAUAAAUGCUAACACAGCAAAACUAAGCUACCAGCAACAUGUUUCUGAUUGUCUCCACCAAGCCUUUUUUUUUUAAUGUGUCUCUCAGUGUUACACCAGAUCUCUUCUACGGCUGCUAAUUGUUCAACAAGUAGAAUCUCGCUGAGUUAAGAAUUCAUGUUUGGAAUAUUUCCAUGCCUUUUUGGUUGGGCGAGAGUUUAUUUUUUACAGUUUUUUUUGUUGUUUACGCCAAGAUUAAAAAAAGGGAAUUCUGUUGAAGUCCCCCUCCCCCCCCCCAAGCUUCUGCUCCUUCACUCCGACGCUACAUGCAUGUUUUCACUGGACGGAUACCGCCAUCAUCGUGGAACUGGUGCCCACGUUUCCCUCUGCUGUCUUUAUACGAUUUUAAUGCACAAAUUCGAUUAUUUAUGUUCUUAACAAACUUAAAUGCAAUCAAAAGUGGCGUGAAAUCUCUUUUUAAAUUACUGACUGACUUUUUUUUUUUUUUUUUUGCAACCAUCUGUUUGCUUCUAAAUGAAAUUUGUAUUUGAAACGUGUCGAUUUUGUUCCUGCCCAGGACCGCGCAGUGCAGCUUUAAGCCGUUGGGUUCUGGAGAGGAUCGUUUUGUGCUUUUUUUUUUUGUUUUUGUUUCUUUUUUAACUAGAGUUCAAGCUCUGUUAGUGGUAUGCCUUCAGAUUAAUGUAUGUAAUGCUAUCAAAGUGCUAUUCAAUGGUACAAAAAUUGUGUUUGUCUUCAUGACCGUGCCAGUAAUUCAAACGAUGCUUCCCUCACUGGGGAAAAAAAAGUUUAUUUUUUUUUAUUUAGCAUUUUUCUGUUUUUGCCAAACUACCCCAAACCGUAUCUGUAAAA